CGGGGUGGCCGCGCGCGCAGUGGAGCUGGCCCUGUGACGGCUAGGCAUGCUCUGCCCACUGCUGCUUCUGUCGGGCGUGCUGUGCACUGCCCUGGCCGGCUCCAUCUCUGGCCCCAAGGAGUGCACCAAGGGCCCGGCCGUGUGGUGUCGGGACCUGCAGGCGGCGACGAGAUGCGGGGCGGUCCGGCACUGCCGCGUUGCGGUCUGGAGCCAGCCCACCACCAGGUCCCUGCCCUGUGACUUGUGCCUGGACGUGGCAGCCACUGCCAGCAACAGGCUGAACCCCGAGGCCACCGAGACCGAUGUCCUGGGUGCAGUGAUGAAGACCUGUGAGUGGCUUCCCAGCCAGGAGUCUUCGGUCAAAUGCAAAGGGAUGGUGGAUGCCCACUACUCAGCCGUCCUGAGCAUGCUUGGCGGGGACCUGGGCAGUGCCCCAGGACAGGUAUGCACGGCUCUCACCCUCUGCCAGCCGCUGCAGAGGCACCCGGCCACCCCAAGGCCACUCUCCGAGGAGGACAUAUACGAUGUGGUGGCCCCAUUCGUGGCCAAUGGCCUCCUCAGCUCCCGCCGUCAGCAGAUUCCCACGGGCACUGUGUGCCAGGACUGUGUCCGGCUGGUCACCCGGCUCCAGGGUGCCUUUGGGCCCGACCCGUCCAGCCUGGCACAGGUGACCACACGGGAACAGUGUGAGUCCCUGGGGCCAGGCCUGGCUUUCCUUUGCAAGAACUACAUCCACCAGCUUUUUGCUCCUGCUGAGCAAACACUGAGGUUCAUGCUGCCCAGCGAGAUCUGCAGGAAGGAGGGCUUCUGUGAGGAGCGGCGGGGACCCCCCCACUCAGCUCACGUGGCUGCCGUGGAUGGAGUCCCUGCCCUGGAGCUGGCGUCUCCGUGGAAGAAGAGCGAGGUGCAGAUGCAGGGUCCCGUGGCCUGUGACGUGUGUAUGCAGGUGGUGCAGAGGCUGGACCACUGGCUGGAAAGCAGCAGCAGCAGGACCCUCAUCAGCCAGGCCCUGGAGCGUGUGUGCUCCGUGCUGCCCCCUCCCGUGGUCCGGGAGUGCAUCAAGCUGGUGGAUACCUACAUCCCCACCCUGGUGGACGUCCUGAGCAGACUCGCCCCAGAAAAGAUGUGCACGGUCAUCCGACUGUGCAGGGGAUGGAGGCGGGCCCGGGCGGUCCACGAGGGCCCCACGAACCCGCCCCCUGGCCUCCUGGACAAGGACAGUCUCUGCAGGGGGUGCCAGCGGCUGUUUGGUCUGUCCGUCCAUAACCUGGAGCAGAAGAGCACCGAGCGCCGCGUCCUGCGGGCCUUCAAGCUCGCCUGCGGCAUCCUGCCCCUGCCCUUCGUGAUGCAGUGCGGCCGCUUCGUGAGCGAGUACCAGCCCGUGCUCAUGGAGACCCUCAGGGACAUGAUGGACCCCACCACCCUCUGCACGAAGUUGCGCGCUUGCCACGACCCCAGGGACACGCUGCUGGGCACCGACCAGUGCGUCCUGGGCCCAAGCUUCUGGUGCCAGAGCCGGGAGGCAGCCCAGAUGUGCGACACGGUGGAGCACUGCCAGCGCCGCGUGUGGAAGGAGGCGCCCUCGCAAGCCGAGAGCGUGGGCGACAGCGGCUGCCCGAGCCAGGAUGCCCCUUCCCUCGAGAGGCCCGCCUCUCCUUGAUUCCCACAGGGUCCCCGCAAGGCGGGCACUGCCCCCACGUCCCAAGUGAGAACUGAGACUCCCAGUGAGGAGGCUGGAAAGGACCUGUGCUCCGUCCUGACCCCAGGCCCGAGGCUGUGCCUUUGCCCACACCGCGAGUGGACUGGAACCGCCUGCUUCACUAUCGCCACCAGCCGCCCGCCCUGACUCUCCAUCGCUGCGCUGUUGCUGAUGGGGUGGGGGGGUCUGGCAGUGGCCUCUGGUGCCCCCGCUACACUUUGCCGAUGGGGUGCAGGCUGGGGUGAGCAGUGGCAGGGCAGAGGGCAGGUGGGGAGGGGCCGUGACAGCUGUUGGGGAGGGGGCAGUAGGUCUUAUCCCCUGGCCAUCAUCUGUUCAGGCUACAGCUGCUCAACCUUGGCAUCCUGGCGGUGGCCUCAAAGGCAUAUAUGACGUGUUGAGCGUCUCUCUGGGAAGGAGGCUGGGGUUUUGACUAAAUGCCCCGAGGGGUUCUUGGGCUCAGCGCAGUCCUUCUGAUGCCCUCUGCCCCCUCCCACCACAGGAGCCUCUCCCUGCCCCCCAGACUCUAGGCUGCAGGGAAACCUGUGCUGCGUUCCAGGUGAGGAGAGGAAAACGUGCUGUAAAAGAGCCCAGUGGGUUGCAGGAUGGUGGGCAGAUCCUCCACCUGUCGGAGCCUCAGUUUUCUAAUCUGUAGAAUAGGGCUGAUAACACCUGUCUCAUGCGGAUGCUGAGACCAUUAGAGGAGAUGUCCCUGAGUUUCUUCCUAUGAAAGGACCAGCAUCCACCUAUCUGCUGGAGCCAGCAAGACCCAGCUUUAGGGUCCCCAGCAGAAUCUGGCAGUGCAGAUAUUGAGUAAACCGCAAGCUUCCUCCCAGUGGGAUUUGCUGUCUUCUCAUUCUCCUGAGGCCCUGGCACGCGCUGCAGUAGCACCCUCUUCUUUCCAGCCUCGCCCCGGCAUUCCCCUCCUCCAGGAAGCCUUCCUGAGGCUCUCAGCCCAGUGCAGGCACCCUCUGUGGUUACUCCUCAUGCCAUAUUGUCAUCAUCGCCCCCCUAGCACACAGUAGGUGCUGAAACAUUAGUGGGUCACACACACGAGUGUUUCAGUGGAGGCUGGGCCUUUCAGAUGAAUCCCUCUGGAGGAAGAGAAGUGCCCAGGCCUGGGUUACAGGAGACCUGAGUGGGUGCUGUUUUCUGAGAAGCCACACCUGAGCGCUUGGGUAAGUGUCCUGGGCCCCACCAUCACCGCAGGGAGACAGGUGCACCCAGCCUGAGUUUCCAGCCUCCUCGGUGCUGGCGUCUGUAGGCUGUGGCUGGGCCCACUGGUCAGCCCUGUCCAAGGUGGCAAGGGCGCCAGCCCACGACCUGAAGGCCUGGAUGUGAGCAGAGGAAGGCAGGCCUGGCCAGAUUCCGCGACACAGAUGCCUGUGAUGGACGGACUUGCAGAUUAUGGGACUGGGCUCAGACCGCAUCUCCGGGAACAGCCCCGGGGACUGUCGGUCUGCGCGCACCUGUCCCCUCAAUGGGACAGGGUGGGCUGUGGCCCCUCCUCUGGCCUGUCUGGGGGACACCUGCUCACAACAGUGAGACAGAUCUCAGCUUCCUGGGACGUCACUGCUCACACACGAGCAGCCAGGAGGGAGUGAGCACCUCGUCUCACAGGUGCCCCAUCCAUGCAGAGCCGAGGUGCCCUCCCAUCACUUCCCCCAGCCCAAAGCGACCUGCAGCAGGCAGGUCAGUGAGGGGGCUCCACGUGCCCCUCCCCCAGACCUGGGAACCACCUGCCCCCACCCGCCCACUUCAGACCUGUGGCUGCACAUCAGCCCGGCCAUGCACCUGGGCAAGGUGGUCAUCCAAGGACACUGACCGCUGACCACCCCCUGAGGGCUUCCCACCUGCCCCAGGAGCUCUGCCUGGCUUCACUCCUCACCCUCCACAACCACCCUGAGGGAGGCACCAUUAUCACAGCAUUUCAUAGAGGUUCAGUAAUUGGCCCGAGGUCACACAGUUAGGACACAGUGAAGCCAGGAGUCCAGCCCAGGCAAGAAGGGGCUCCAGGGCCCGUGUUCCUGACCCUCACCCCUGCUGGUGGAGUUCAAGGCCUGACUCCAGCGCUCCAUGGCCUCUGCCUCAGUUUCCCAUUCCUGAAUGGAUGCCCCACCCCCUGGGUCCUCAGUAGGACCACUGUAUGAGAAGGGCCUGCUCAGCAGACACACGGUCAAGGAAGGGGCUCUGCAGGCCUCCUCCCCCACAGGCCCUCCCUUCUGCGCUUCCAGGCUGCCUCCUACACCGUGUCUCACCGUUUUCAUUUUGCAUAUCUUCCUCCUAAGACGUGCACUGAGGUUUCUCGGUC